UGGCUUAACGCAUCAGAGAUUAAAUCUAUGCAUGGGAUUGUCAUGUUCAACUUUACACUCUAUUAUCAUUAUUAUUCAAUUCAAACCAUCACACACUUUUUAAUUUCUCAGUGGGUCUCCUUGCAAUUGCUGUUGCAUGCAUAACUGAAUAACAGAAUUAAGAAACGAAUCUGUAUAUUCAAUUCUCCCAUCACAUUUAUCCACUCUUUUCAUUCUAAUCCAAUUUCAUGACCAUCUUCUCCAACGUAAAAACAUUAAACAAAACACCAAGACCAUAAUAAGCAAGCAAGAUGGAGCGAAGACGGUCAAAUGAUCAUCAAAAUGUGGUGAUUUUGUUGGGUGUGAUGACGAUGUUGACGGCGACAUCAUCAUCAUCAUCAUCAUCAUCAGCAAGCAGCAGUAGCGUGGGAGUGAACUGGGGCACAAUGGCAACACACCAGUUGUCUGCUGCGAGCGUUGUUGAUAUGCUGAAAGACAACGGUUUCGACAAGGUGAAGCUCUUCGACGCCGACGAGACCAUCUUGGACGCAUUGUCCGGCACCGAUAUCGAGAUCAUGCUCGCCGUCCCCAACUACAUGCUCGCCGAGAUGAGCUCCGACGCCUCCGCCGCCGCCUCCUGGGUCGAUGCCAACGUCACCGCCUAUGCCUAUCCCGGUGGAGUCAACAUCAAGUACGUAGCCGUGGGGAAUGAGCCCUUUCUGAAGACGUACAACGGCACCUACUUGCAGCAGACCCUGCCGGCGUUGAAGAACAUCCAGGAAGCGAUCAACAACGCCGGCCUGGGAUCCAAGAUCAAGGCCACUGUUCCGUUCAACGCCGACAUCUACAACUCGCCGGAAUCCAACCCGGUGCCGUCCGCGGGCGACUUCCGCCCGGAGAUACGCGAUCUGACGGUCCAGAUCGUGCAGUACCUGUACUCGAACGACGCCCCCUUCGUGGUCAACAUCUACCCGUUUCUGAGCCUCUACAGCAACGCCUACUUCCCCCUCGACUUCGCCUUCUUCGACGGCUCCAACAAGCCGCUCCGGGACGGGAGCAGCGCGUACACCAACGUGUUCGACGCCAAUCUGGAUACCCUGCUCUGGUCCCUGAGCAGAGCAGGGUACCCCGAUAUGAAGAUCAUAGUGGGGGAGGUGGGAUGGCCCACCGACGGCGACAGGCAUGCAAACAUACAGAGCGCGAGGAGGUUCAACCAGGGCCUAAUCGAGCACGUGAUGAGCGGGCAGGGCACGCCUCUGAGAAAAGGCCGAAUAGAUGUGUAUCUAUUCAGCCUGAUCGACGAGGACGCCAAGAGCAUCGCCCCAGGGAGCUUCGAGCGCCACUGGGGGAUGUUCGAGUUCGACGGGAAGCCUAAAUACGAGCUCGAUCUCUCGGGCUCGCAGCAGAGCAGGGGCCUGGUGGCCGUGCAGGGGGUGCGCUACAUGGUGCGGCGGUGGUGCGUGCUGGACCCGCGCGCCGAGGAUAUGGAGUGGGAGCUGGCGAAGAACAUAGACUACGCGUGCAGCCUGUCGGACUGCACGGCGCUGGGGUACGGGUCGUCGUGCAAUCACCUGAGCGUGCAGGGGAACGCGUCGUACGCCUUCAACAUGUACUAUCAGCUGAAGGAUCAGAACGAGUGGGACUGCGAUUUCUCGGGGCUGGCCGUCAUCACGGACCAGGAUCCCUCCGAUAGCACCUGCAGGUUUCCGGUCAUGAUUGCGUACGGCAAUCGCCCCGUGCUCAUGCUGCACAAGAAAUUGGUUAACGUUUUGCUUGUGGUUCUUCAAGGCUGUAUAGUGUUUCUGCUUCUUGUGUCUUAGCUUCUUUUCGGAUUAAUUUAGGACACGAACACACUUUUUCUAGUUAAUCACGUUUGUUUUUCUCUCUGUCUCAGGAGAAAGGGGUGUGUUUUUGUGUUGGACCCCGUUUCAGACCUGGAUUUGUAUCGUCAUUCUUAGCUUCUUCAAAUUUUUUUGAAAGACCAUCAAUCUUCUGCAGCUUAAUUAGACUAAUUUAUGUGA